AUGACUGGACAGACUGAGCUUCCUUCCUUCUCGCUUGUCUUGCGCGAAGGUAUUAGCGGCGGUUUCAAAGGCCCUCAACUCAGAGAACACAUUCAAAUAGAAAACGUGGAUAAUGGUGUAGCUGUCAUGCAUGCAUUACCGGCAUCCGAUCCUCAAGAUGGGUUUACAACGAUGAGUGGUACUAUUGCAGACAAACAAGAUUUGCACUCUUUUGUUGCCGGCCUGGAGAAAACGUUGCAGAUGUUGCCAGUAGAAUCUCCAGAAGGCAGCGAGGACAUUUAUGGUGAAGAUAUUUCUAUUGCCUUUUACUCUUCGGAAACCGACUUCCAGUGGCGAAAUGGUGGUCCCGAUGGUUGUGGCGGAGGAGAAUCUUCUGUAAAGGCAACUCCGGAACAGAAACAGAUCUUCAGAGAACUUGUUAGCACUAUCAGAGCUAUGGUGGGCAACCAACAGCUGCAGGCAAACUGA